AUAGUUUCAUGUAGUCAAUCUAAACUUCAUUACUUUUCUUGUGCUUCUAAAACACAUUGGUAGAAUCUGAUUUGCAAAAAUAGUAAAUCAUUAACAAAAAGCACGUGAAGCUAAUGAUAAAUUUAUGCAAUAUAAUCUAUCACCGCUUAUUUGUUCCGGUAACAGAAAAAUUACUGCUCAGCGCUGAAUUCAAAUCAACACACCUUGUGUCUCUAAUUUAAUCUGUUCAUGUAAUAUUCUGAUCGUUUCGACUGAGUUUGCCAACUUUUGUUUCCUGGUGUGGGUCAAAAUCUCAGAAACAUGAGCAAAGUCAACAGGCCUGAUUGUAGUAUAUGCCUCGAACCGCUAGAAAACCCGAAAAGUCUCUAUUGUGGACACUCAUAUUGUUCAACACCGAGGACGUGUUUAAAACAAGUGCUGUCUAACACACCUAGACGCUGUGCUAGGUGCAGAAAGCCGAUAGACGAAACCAUACGCAACGAAGCUGACCUAUCGGUGAAUUUCGACUUGGAGUCUGCUUUUGAGGAUUGGAAAUGGACGCCAAGGCUAAUGGAGGGGAAGAAUGCUUGCUCGAUCCACGGAAAACCCCUAAAGUUUUUUUGCAACAACAUCGGCUGCUUUAGUGGAAUCUGUGAAGACUGUUGGAUAAUUGACCAUGUUCAUCAUCACGUUGUUCCGUCAAAAAUUGUUCUGGGCAAAGAUGUUGAAGAACUGGAAAACAAUUGGAAAAAGAUCGAGGAUUAUCAAACUACGUGCAGAAAGUUGGUCACCGAUUCUGUCAAUCUAAGCGAAGAUACCCUGUCUAUAAUGCAGAAAAUAGACCAAUUAAUCUUAUCUAAAGGGGAUCUUCGAAAAUUCCAAAGCGUUGAAGACAACCACUUGUUCAAACAAAAAACUUUGAAAGAGUUGGAAAAGCAUGAAGAGCUUGUUGAACGGAUUAAACAGAAAACAACCUCUUUAAUUGCAUCAUACAACCAAGUAGAAAACAGUCUCAAUGCUGCAAAGGAUUGUUUCCGUGAAGGUCCAGCAUCCAGUAGUUUUCCCGCAGUUGGAGAAAUAUAUCUGAGAAGAAGUAACUGUAAGCUGAAGGAUAUCAAAAGAAGAAUAGCCAACGGCAAGAUUAAAAGAUUUGGCCAUUAUGCAUUCUGUCCCAGGAGUCAAAACUUGUUUUUUGCUGACAAGCCUUCAUUUUCUUUCACACCUAACAAAAUGUUCAGAGUCAGCAUUGAUUCAAUUCAAAAGGAAACAGAGUUUGACAUUCCAGGAGCAGUUUGUGGACUGGCAUUGAGUGGAGGUGGCGCUCUGUAUGUCCAUUAUCAUAAUGAUAGUGUGCACAGAAUGAGUGUGUUGAUAAAGAAAAUGGAAGAGUAGUGAGGACUCUGGAUACUUCGAAACUAGACACGGAUUCUUUUCUGAUCAUUCACGCUCAUGAAAAUGUGUUACUGCUGGUAGGAGGGUAUUUUGAUUCAAACACUUACGAAUUUGUGCAUGUGUACGAAAAUGAAGUGUAUAAAAGAACACUUCAGCUUCUCAUCAAGAUAAAUGUCGCUUGCAUCUCAUCAGCUUUAUGCGGACGAGACAUUUUAUUACUGCUAACAGAUGAAAGCACACUGGCAAUAGUUGAUCUCAACCAGUCUGGAUCUAAGGCCCAGUUCAAAUCAAUCCGGUUGGGUCAAGUAAGGUGUUUUGAACUAUUGUGGAUAGGGAGAGGAGAUGAGCAUAGUGGAGAAGGAUAUCUAUUUGCAUCUCAACAAUUAGCACGUCCAUUCAAUUCUCAUGUGUAUGAGUUGAAUGUGAAGAGUGUUGUGGAUGGUGCUCUACUGACACCACUGCAGAUCCCAUUCAUGAAUAGUUACGGCUCUAGAAACAUUUUCUUCAAAUGCACAAUGGGAACAGAUGCUAUAUUAUGCAAAGAUUUAUGCGGCAAAAAGGUGAACGAGGACGAACAUUAUUGUCCAGCGAGCAUUUUGAAACUGGAGAAGAUCCUCUGAUUGAUAAAAUUCGGAGCAUUUUCAUCUUUCGUCAACUGCAAUCAAUCAUACUUGGGCUUCUAUGCUUUCCAUUGUAUAAUAAAAAAUCUAGUGUAUUUACGCUAAUCAAAAACCUUAUUUUCUAUUAACGCCCUAGAAUACCU